GACGAUAAACGCUCUUUUCUUUACCGCCACAAUGGCAAUCCUACGACGGCUCGUAGUUGGUAUCUCUGCCUCCCGCCCUCUCGCGGCUCGUCUGGCAACCUCGCGUCCUUCUGUCCUCGCCGCGUCCCGCUUGCUCUCCACAAACUCCCGCCAGCAGGCCCAGCAUACUGAUCAUACCAAUACUAUGCAACCUAAUCACCCAAGGUCUCCGUCGCUUCAUUCCAAUCUCCCUGGAGAGUACAAGGAUCCGUACGCGGGUGGUCCCAGUGCCAUUGAGAAGGCCGUCCACCUAUUCUUUUUCACGGAGAUCCUACGAGGAAUGUGGAUUGUGUUGGAGCAGUUCUUCCGCCCACCAUACACUAUCAUGUAUCCAUUUGAGAAGGGCCCGCUCUCACCGCGCUUCCGGGGCGAGCACGCUCUGCGUAGAUACCCUAGCGGCGAGGAGCGGUGCAUUGCCUGCAAACUUUGCGAAGCGAUCUGUCCCGCACAGGCCAUCACUAUCGAGAGUGAGGCCCGGUUGGAUGGUUCGAGGAAGACCACACGCUAUGAUAUUGACAUGACCAAGUGUAUCUACUGCGGCUUCUGUCAGGAGGCCUGUCCCGUGGACGCGAUAGUAGAGACACAAAACCAGGAGUACUCCACCGAGACUCGUGAGGAACUGCUCUACAACAAGGAGAAGCUUCUGGCAAACGGCGACCGUGCCGAGGCCGAGAUAGCUGCUAACCUACACGCGGAUCAUGUGUAUCGGUGACGACACUGGGCCGGAGAGACGUUGCAAAGCUUAAGGAGCGGACGGCAGUGCUCUGAUGACGGUGGUUUGUAAAUAAUUUCCGCGGAAGAUGCAUGCGCUGCCUUCUCC